CGCCAUUGGUGGUGUCCUCCUGGUCGCUGAGAGAGCAGGUCGGGAUUCCAUGCACACCCGGGGAACCGCCGUCGACGACGUUACGACGUACUGAGGACAUAAAGAGAGAGAGAGAGAGAGAGAGAGAGAGCAAAAGAGAGAGAAGGUGAAGAACGCUGGUCGCUAGUCCGUUUAGCUCGAGGGGUGUCACGCGGAUGAGAGAUUAAAUUAAUCAGUUUGAGCACAAUGGCAUCGCCACGGUGGAUGUUGCCGCUGCUAAUCUUGGGAACCAGUGCGAUCACGCUGGUUCCCGCAGCUCGGGAAUUCCAUGACGAGCUCUUCAGAGGUAACCCGGACAACCUCGUACGGAAGAAGAGGUCCCUGGACGCAGCGGAUACACCGGAGUACUACAACGACCUGCAUUCGUUUAAAUAUCACGGCGGCGACACUGAUCGCAAAUUCGAUCGUGAUUUCGAUGAGGACGACGAGGAAAUCGAAUUCCUGCCUGGCGAUAAUGGCCAGCUGGAAACGGUGGGCGAGGGUCUCCAGGGUUUGAACAACAAGUUACUCGAAAGGGCACUGCUCGAUUACUUGGAGACUCUGCCUGAACAGGAAGAACCGGUGGCCUCGAUCUUUCGCGAACGCGAGCGAAGCGGCAGCCGCAAGCGAGGCGGCGUCGGCGAUCGGAUGAACCUGGACAACAAGGACCUGGCAAAGUUGUUCGUCGAAGAACUGCAGGACGGUUCUCCGUACGGUCCACUCGUGGAGAUGGACGACGAUGAAUAUAUAACUGCUUUACAAUCGCUUUACGACAGAUAUAGAGCUGGUAGAGGGAACAAAGUAUAUGAAACGGCAGGACCAAUGUCUUGGAGCGAGCUGCUUGACAAGGGCUCGUUGCUGAGAAGUCAGACGAAGGACGGCAACGACGAGUUCGUGGCUCGUGAUGACGAGCAGGGCAUCCUAUACUUGCCAGCGGCAGAACGUCGAAACGUAAAUGCCCGAUUUCCCAUCGGUCGUGAGUUAGGCAGUUAUCGUAGGCUGAACAAACGUUAUCCGGUCGCUAAGAGAAGUCCUAGGCCCACCCAAACAAAAUUAAAGACCACGGAUCCUAAGGUUGCUCAGGACCUGGGAGCUCUAUUCGGUACACAAUCUACGGACUCGCACAAUCACACCCACAAGUCCGACCACGACCACGACCACGACCACGAACACGAACACGAACAUAGCAAGCAAGAAUCCGACAAGAAUCACGAACACAAGCACGAACCUAAUCAGAAUCACGAAUUUGAUCAUGAGCACGGUGGAGCAAACGAGAGCAAGUCGGAAGCGCCGCCGAAAGUGACGCCAUCCCCGAAGGGCCAAAAGGAAAAUGUUACGAAAACGGACGCGUCUUCGAAAUUCGUCCACGUGAGGAAGAAGAGCGUCGACUGGUCGCAGUACUUCGGCAUCGACCGGAGGAAGAAGAAGGCCACCUUCACCGCCGGCCAGGGUACGCAGAAUCAGGAUGACGAGUGGAUGCUCCAGCGCUACUACGAGAAUAUGGCCGAAAAUUUGAAGCCAAAGGAGGACGAGAAUGAGCGAAAGGAUAAACUCGAAGAGAUGGACUCGAAAUUGAAAUACAUUAAGGACUUGAUUAUCGAAGAAGCUAUGAGAUAUGCCGCUUCAGAAGACGAAGCGGAUCUGCAGAAGGUGAAGGAUAAGUUAAUGUCGCGAAUGGCAGCGGCUUACUCGUUGCAGAAGAUGCGAAAAGCGCUGAGCGAUCUUCGAAACAACGUCGUUGCUCAGAAAGAGGCGCAGAGAAUGCAAAAGGAGGCCCAGAACAAUUUUACGUCUAAUUUUCGCGAGAACAGUAAUCCAAACCUUAACAGUGGCAUCGGCAGUAAAACCGAUGAGAAACGGAACGGUAUCAAUAACAAUUUAGAGGAAGGCGAAUCCAUGGAGGAGCCCAGAAAUUGUCCGGAAUUAGAAGCCAUCGAGUGGCGAUGCCGAACCGUGGAUAACAUGGCCGGCGACUCGUCACGGAUGCUUUACGUGCCCUGUGUGAAACUGCAGAUCUGCAAAGCUUGCGCGCAAGACGAGGAAGGGCUGCUACCCUGCCUCGCCAACUACGCCCUGGAGGCCGGCAAGGUGUGCGACGCGUUGGAGUCCAGGGAGUCCGGGCAGCGGAUGACGACGACGUUCCGCGAGAACGAGAGGCAGUCGUGCGCGAACGCCGCGCUGCUGCUGUCGCAGUUGCACCCGCCCGCGGUUGCGACCGCGCAGUGCCGCGCGCGGAACGCCCGCGACUCGUGCCUGCGGCGGUACCACACGCGAUACGAGCACCGCUUCCGCACGUCGCCGGCGUACGAGGGCACCGGACGUCGCGUCCACCACGAAGGUGCCCUCGAUGCGCUGCAGCAAACCAUGUCCGAGCGAUAA